UUGAGGUUAUGAUUUCGAGUUGAACGCGUUGAAUUUUAACAUUUUUAUUGCAAAAUAUUACUAGACACACACGUGUUGAAAAAUUAAUCCAAGAUAUAAUAAUUAUUAAUUGUUAUAGGUAUUAAUUAAUUAUACAAAAUGCCAAAAUUAUUAUUUGACGAUGAUGAUGAUAAUAAAGUUGAAGAUAAAGUUACAAUAAAUAAAGAAUAUGCUGCAAGUUACAAGAAUUGGAGAGCAAAAGAAGAACUUCAUAAAUUAAAAGCAAAGUAUGGUGAUGAUUAUGAAGAAUCUAGUUCUGAUAAUUCUUCUACUUCUGGUGAUGAUGAUCCUGAAGACCAAGAAUUUGAUGAAAAAUUUCUUCGUACAUUGGCAUGUUUGAAGAGUCAAGAUCCACUAAUUCAUGAUAAAAAUUAUGAAUUUUUUCCUGAAGUUCCAGAAGAACAAGUUAAAAAAAAGGUUAAAAAAAAUAAAGAAGAAAAAUUAAUGUCAGUACAUGAUUACGAAAGAGAAAGACUCCUUGAAUGUGAUGGAAAAUUUAGUGAUAGUGAAGAUGAACAAGAAUUUCAUAACAAAAAAAUUACUAAUCAACCAACUUAUGUCGAAAAACAAAAUGAAUUGUUAAAAAAUCUUAAAGAUGCAAUAGCACUAGAUGAUGAUGAUGAUGGUGAAGAUUUUUUAAUACCAAAAAAAACAACAGAAGAAGUUAAAGAAAAAAAGAAAAAAAAUGAUGAUUUAUUAAAAAAAGAUGAAAAACUAAAACCACUUUAUGAUUAUUGGACAGAUCCAAAUUUGCCAUCACAUGAAAAAUUUUUACGUGAUUAUAUUCAGAAAAAAAAAUUUUUAAACAAUGAUAGUGAUUCUGAUGAUGAUUAUAAAGAUCGUGUACAUGAUAGUGAUGAAAAUUUAUCAGAAGAUGAAAAAAAUAUUGAAAAUCAAGAACUAUUUGAGCAUAAAUAUAAUUAUAGAUUUGAAGAACCAGAUCCAGAAUUCAUUAAAAGUUAUCCAAGAACAAUGGAAGGUACAUUGAGAAAAAAAGACACAAGAAGAUCAGAAAAGCGAGCUGAAAUAAAAUUACGUAAAGAAGAAGAUAAAAAACGUAAAAAAGAAGAGCUACUUAAAUUAAAAGCCAUGAAAAGAAAAGAAAUUGAAGAUAAAAUUGAAAAAUUAAAAGAAAUAACAGGCAAUGAUGACAUGCAAUUUGAUGCAAAUUAUAUAGAAGAAGAUUUCGAUCCUGAACAACAUGAAAAAAUGAUGCAACAAAUGUUUGAUGAUAAAUAUUAUGAGGAAGGUGCUGAUGAAGGAAAUAAACCAGAAUUUCCAGAUCUAGAUAAAGAGCUUGAACUUGAAACAAAUUGGGAUGACUAUAAUCCAAAAGUUGAUAAGGAAAUUUAUUAUGAUGAUGAUUAUAAUGAGCCUGGUACUUCUGAACACUGUGAAGAUGAAAAUUUUAAUAUGGAUGCUGAUUAUUAUACAAAUAGAAUGUUUCAAAAAGAACUCAUUGAAUCAUCAAAAAAAAAACGUAAACGUUCAAAAUUUGCUGAAAUGAUUGCCCAGGAUAAACCACAAUUUGAUCCAAAAGUUCAUACGUCACUUAAAAAAUUCAUUGAAAUGUAUUAUGAUUUGGAUUAUGAGGAUAUGAUUGGUGAUACACCUUGUAAAUUUAAAUACAGAAAAGUUGAACCAAAUGAUUAUGGAUUAACUGUUGAAGAAAUUUUGAUGGCUGAUGAAAAAGAAUUGAAUAAAUGGUGCUCGUUGAAAAAUGCCUUGAAACAUAAAACACCUGAAGAAGAAAAAUAUGAAAUUAAAAAAUACAAACAAAAAGCACAAAAUGAAGAGUAUAAAAAAAAAAUAAUUCCAAGUUUAUACAAGCCAAUUGAUGAAUCAGAAAAUGAAGAUGAUGAUAAUAAUAAUGUUGAUGAUACUGAAAAUAAAAAGAAACGUAAACGUAAUAAGAAGAAAAAAAGUGAUAAUGUUAAUGUUAAUGUCGAUGGUGAUGACAAGAAUAAAAUAACAUCAACAAAUUCGAUGGCUAUUGAUCAAGAUAAUGCUACAGAUAUCAAGCCAGUUGACAGUGAAAAUAAAAAUAUUACAGAUGAUGUUAAUAAUAAUAAAAAAAAUAAAAAACCAAGGAAGAAAAAACUAAAAACUGAUGAAUCUGUUAAUAAUGAAAAAGUGGAAGAAACAAUUGAUGAAACAGAAAAAUCAAGUGAAAAAAAUAAAAAUAAAAAACAAAAAAAUAAAUCAGUUGAUAAUGUUGAGGAAGAAAAAAUUAAUGGAACAGAAAAAUCAAGUGAAACAAAUAUUAAAACUAAAAUAAAUAAAAAUAAAUCAGUUGAUGAUGAAAAAGUUGAAGAAAAAAUUGAUGAAACAGAAAAGCCAAGUAAAAAAAAUAAAAAACAAAAAAAUAAAUCAGUUGAUGAUGAAAAAGUUGAAGAAAAAAUUGAUGAAACAGAAAAACCAAGUGAAAAAAAUAAAAAUAAAAAACAAAAAAAUAAAUCAGUUGAUAAUGUUGAAGAAGAAAAAAUUAAUGGAAUGAAAAAAUCGACUGAAGUAAAUAUUAAAACUGAAGAACAUGAAAAUAAAUCAGCUGAUCAAAUGAACAAUGUUAAUGGAAAAAAAUUAACUCAAGCUGAAAGAAAACAAAAAUAUAAGAAAUUAAAAAAAUUAAGAGAGCUCGAGGCAAAAACAGCAGCUACAGCAGCAUCACUUGAUCAAAUAAACAAUGGUAAUGGAAAGAAAUUGACUCAAGCUGAAAGAAGAGAAAAAUAUUUAAAAAUUAAAAAAUUGAAAGAGCUCAAGGCAAAAACAACAGAAAUGAAUAAACUCAUUCCUGAUAUGACUGAUUCAAGAUUAAAAGCGUAUGGUCUUAAUCCCAAAAAAUUCAAGAACAAGCUUAAAUACGGUAAAAAGAUUGAAUGAUCUCUCCCUAAAAUUAAAAUAAUUUGUAAUCAUGAUUUUUUAAAUAAAGAAAAUCUGAAGCAAUAUGAAAAAUGAAAUAAAAAUUUAAAAAAUGAUUAAA